UCUGUGGCCCUCUCCUCUGGAGGAGUGACGUCAUGCUGCUGCCUCCUCGGUGUGUGUCCGACAUGAUGACUCCUCCGCACGGUCACAGUUAAACCUUCACCCCGCUGCCGUUCAUCCUCCGCCGGUAAGAGCCGGAGCCGAGUCCCGGUGAUGAUUCAGCGGCAGUUGCAUGUUUGAGCUAACUGAGCUAACAGAGCAGCUAACCAGAGAAGCUAACUGAGCUAACAGAGCAGCUAACAGAGCAGCCAAUAGAGCAGCCAAUAGAGCAGCCACUUGAGCUAACUUAAGCUAACAGAGCAGCUAAGUGAGCUAACAGAGCAGCUAACUUAGGCUAACAGAGAAGCUAUCAGAGCUAACAUUAGCCAAUAGAGCAGCCAACUGAGCUAACUUAAGCUAACAGAGCAGCUAACUUAGCUAACAGAGAAGCUAAGUGAGCUAACAGAGCAGCCAACUGAGCUAAUUUAGGUUAACAGAGAAGCUAUCAGCGCUAACAUUAGCCAACAGAGCAGCUACCUGAACUUACACUAGCUAACAGAGCAGUCAACGGAGCAGCUAACUGGGCUAACGUUAGAUAAUAGAGCAGCUAACCGAUGGUACUUUUCUGUUAAUCAACCAAUUCAUCAACUAUGUUUCAACUCUAUCAACAAAUGUGUGUAGCGUGAUGCAGCAGAAGUUGUGUUCCAGAGGUUGUAGUUCUUUCCUCUUAGAGAGGAAUGGCCAGGCCUGCGGCGCUGUCACCGACCCCAUCACCUGCUGCGACCUCCCCUUCCGCUGCCCCCGCUGUGGCGAGCUGGAGCGCUUCCACAGCCUGGCCUCGCUCCGCGCCCACCUGGAGUACCGCCACUCGUACCGCUCACCGGACGUGGACACCAGCAGCUUCAGCAUCACUGGCAAACUCCCUGACCCACUGACGGCAGCAAUUCCCUGGCACGACAUGAGCCUCCCGACACGCAGGGGGCAGCAGAGCACGGGGCGGCCACCUCACGUACGCUCCCUCAGUGACAGCAGGGACAGCGGGUACCUCCACUCCUACAGCUCUGUGAGGAGACGGACCCAGAGCGUCGGGGUGGGGACGCAGGUAGAGGAUGAGGAGGCAGAGGAAGAUGAAGAGGACGAAGACUCAGAGGAUGAGGAUGAAGAGGACGAGGAGGAAGAUGAAGAGAGAGAUGGAGGCAGAAAUGAAGAGGAUAUUAAAAUGGAAAAGUCCAAUCCAGGAUACCAUAACUUCCUGUUUCGUCCUCUUGCUCAUCUCGUACAACCGGCAAACCUGGACACGGAUCUGGAUCCAGACCUGGACCUGGUCGAGCAGAACUACUACUCUGGUCUGGAGACAGCGGCAGCCUCGGCGGCAGUGCGGCGGCGACUGGCCAGCAUCCUGCGGGCGGCCGACAGCACCAUGCAGCGGCAGCUGGCCAAGGUGAGCACGGAGCUGGCCCAGACAGACACAGAGCUGCUGUGUGAACGCGCUCACUCGCAGCACCUGGCCCAGGAGAGGCAGGAGGUGGCCGAGCGGGAGCGGUCGUUGAGCCGGCAGGUGGACGUCGCCGUCAUGGUGAUCGCCGCACUGAGGGAGCAGCUCAACGCCUCCGAGAAUGAACUGGAACGACGAGAGAGGGAGGUGAUAACCAUCCAGAAGUUUUUGGAAGCGGCGGCUCGACAGGAGACAAGUGGUAAAGUUCGAAUCCAGCGCUUCAUCGAGGACCUGCUGAGACGCAUUGCUCUGGCCGAGAGGCUGGUGGAGUACUACCAGGUUAACGGCAGUCCGCCACAGUGCAACCACUACAUGCACCACCAGCAGCCAACUGAUAACGGACCUCACAGAAUCACUAAAAGCAGGUCAGCAGGAGGUCAACUGUCCUCGUCUUGUUUCCACGACAGAGGGACCCCCUUGUCCUCCCAGUUCAGCGGACACCCUCCGUUCUCCACACCGGGUGGUGAACGAGACCGGGAGCGGGAGCACAUGGAGCGGCUGGCCCAGUCGUCCAGGCUCUUCUGCCGACCCGAACACAGAGACGACAUCUGGAACCACCAGCGCCGCCGGUCCGCCGGGUACGAGGCCUAGAUGUGUAGGGAGACGCCAGGGAGAGGGGGACAGCGGGUAAAACCUUUUUGCACAAUGACUUUAUUUCAGUGCGAUAAUCUGUGGAAAAGUUCAGUAACGUCAAAGUCACAUCAGGAUUCUUUGGAAUAGUUAAGUGUCAAUCAAUCCUUACUGAAGGAACAUGUGCAGAUUAUUAUUAUUAUUAUAUUUAAUAUAUAAUUAUUAUUAUGUCGUUAUUUUGCAUUUUUUAUUUUUACAUAGAUUAUUGAACGAAAAUAAACCAGUGUACAGAUUUUCACUAAGGUGAAUGUGAUUGUAGAUAAACUGUUGAUGUUCCAUUUAGCUCAGUUUAAUCUCAAUCUUUACUGAAACUGAUGUUUUGAGUUAUUUCCUCUGUUCUUUGGACAAACUUCCUAACUUUAAGAUUUAGUAACAGAUGAGGUCUGAUCAUGGAAGCGAGUCGUUUUCCCAGUGAUGCUGGCGACUCGUCCUCUCCUCUGGUCGAACCCUCACAUCUCGGCCUGGUUCUCCCUAAAACUCCCCAUCAGUCCAGUUAUCUUCUUCCUGUCUGUGCUUAUUAAGGUCAAACUGCUGCAGUUAUCCUGAUAAGCUGAUUGAACUAUCUGGAACUUCCUCCACCAACAGACAUUUCUUGAAACUUUGAAUGAAGAUUAGGUUCAUUUAAACUUGGAGCGUUGCCCUGUGAUCAUAGAGGAGACCGUGGAUUUCCUCUGGUACUUCUCUUAUCAUCAUCUGACAAAUGAGGCAGGACAUUAUUAAGUCAGUGAUGGGAACAUGGACCAUUUCUAAAAAUGGACAGAGACUCCAAGUCUAGAAAGUGGAACCAAUGAAGUCCCUGCAUCCUUUAUUCUGUGUGAUGACUGCUGUCCAAUGAGUGCAGGUGUAGGUGGGCCUGCAGUGUCCUCCAGCUCUAAGUCAGGCUCCACCCCCUGCUCCUCCAAUUAUGGUUACCUCUGGUUUUAAAAAACCAAGAUGGCGCUGGACAAACUCACACACCAUCGAGCGACGUCACCUCGCUGCUCUGAUUUGCUUUGUUAGGCACAGACAUGACUUUGAUGACAUCAGAUCUGGGUCGAGCUCAAUUUUCACGUGAUUCCUGGCUUUCGCUCGAGUGUGUGAGCUUCACUACACGAGGACCAACACGGAGACUUUCUGAUAACUGUACAUAACGUUAGAUACAUGUUGACUUAAAAUUAUUUAUUGUGAUUUUUUUUAUGCUUCCGUACAGUUGGUCCUUCUGUACGCAGCUAACCCACCCGACAGUCUGUUCCCAGAGCAGGAUGUUAAACCAGAGAUACGGUGGAGGCUAAAAUCAGAUAUGCACAAGUAUAAGCCGCCUUUCUUAUAAGGAGCAGUGCAACAUUUUUGGGAAGGAAAGCUUGCGUCCCGCCCUAAAUCAGGGUCAGAUGAGAAGAUAGAAAUCUCUUUCAUCUCUCUUCGUCCAGUGCACAGAGAGAUUCAGGCCCUGUUAGCCUAGCUUAGCACAAAGACUGGAUGGAGAGGGAAUCUGCUAGCCUUCAUCGAUGACUACAAAGUAACUGAAAAGCUUCCUCAUAGAGCCACAAACUAAUUCACACAUUUCACCACAUUAAAGAAUAAGGCUGCUGAUGUUCAGUAUUGUUAUUCUUCUCAACAAAUCUCAGAAAAAACACAGACAAACAAACAAAAUGAAUGUCGAGCCAGAAAGAUUAAAUUCCUCCGAGCCACAUGUUCCUUCAUUACCACUAGACGAUCAAUAUAGAAUAAAUCAGACUUAUUCUAUAAUCAAAGCUUAAACCAGUCUUUGUGCUAAAGCUUUGGAGAACUGGAAGAUAACGUGUUUGGUUUUAUCCUCCAUUACAUGAUUUUCUGAUAACGGAAGCCACGUUCAUGCAGCUCGGCCAAGUUCUGCAGGACACCACACACGCAGUAUAACGAAUGUACCGAGUUAAUGUUCUAGCUCAUGCCGAAAGAGACGCUCCGUUCUAAGACCUGACUCUCGUCCCGUCGCUCGUUCAGGCUUAAACUCACGCCCUCGUCGGCACAGACACGGGUGGAGAUUCUCCGAUCACAAACCGAAUGACGUAUCAAACACUUUCAUCCAAAGUGACUUAUCAGUGCCGUGAAUACAUUCAGUACAUCUGCAGUAAACUAAACAAGUCGUGGCGGCUUCUUUAAUACCAUCGUUCCUCUGUUUACACGCCAUGUUUUUGCACUCAUCCAAUCAUAAGAAUGUAAAUGUAAAAAGAUGGUAUUUGGUGUAAAAUGUACCUUUUAGUUUCCGUUGACAGUGUUAAUAGAUAUUUUAUAUUUAAAGCUAUUAUGUGUCGUCAAGUGGAAGUAGUCGUCCUUUAACUUGGCAGAACAUUAACCUGAGUCACAAAGCAGUUUUAUUUUUCAGCAGGGUGUCUGCAAGGUCCUGUGACCAUCUUCAAAUUCUUUAAAGUCCUUUUUAACUUAAACAUAUAUCAUCAGAGGAUGGUUAACUUCAAGUGAGUUGAUCUAAUUAAAAGUUUUAAUUGGCAUCAAUAAGGUGAUAAAAAGUGUUGAAUGGAUCUUGCAGACACCUUCCAGAGGCCGAGGCGACGUCCACACUGACACGUUUUGAUUUUUAAAAUGAAAGUUAUCUCCGUCCACUUGAACGUUUGAGCUUCGUGUCGGAAAUAAUCAAACAGGAAGUAGAUCGUCUCCUCUGCAGUUGGUUGCUUAGUUACAGAAAAUAGGAAGUAAGACGAACAGCGAUGGUGAAAAGUAAGAGCAGCGAUAUCUUUUCUUGGACGACGACGAGGUGGAACUGUUACUGACAGUCGCUGUCCCUCGUUCGUGUUAUUUUCUGAAACUAAGCAACCACCUGCAGAGUAAACAAUCUACUUCCUGUUUACAACAUAUGGCCAGUGUAGGUGAAUGGUCAUGUGACAUUUGUUUUCAGGUGUGUUAGUGUGGACGGAGAUUAUUUCUGGAUUAGUUCUCGUUUAAAAAGUUAGUGUGAACGCAUCCUGACCAGUGGUUGUGCCAAUCAUAUUUUUCUUAUUUUAAUAUAUAUUAAAAUCUAAUAUAUAUAUAUAUAUUAUAUAUAUUAAAACAUUUUAAUGUAUUUAUUGGAUGUUGCUAAUAUUCUUAAACCAGAUAAUGUUCUGUACUUUUGUUUUUCGUCACUUUAACAAACCAAGUCGGACUGAAUUAUGAUAAUUUGUUGUCACCUGAUGCUACUUGUUAAAUGGAAAACCGUAUAUAUAGAAUAUAAAGCGUUAGUUUUCAGUCAAACGGCUUCGUGGAGGUGAACUGGGAUUCGUUAAGGUUUCCCUCAAUCUGCUUCUCAACACAUGAGAACCUGAUCUGAUAGAUUUGGACAAAUUAUCAACAAGGAUGUGAGGGAUUUUGAGAUCUGUGUGCGAUUAACUAGACUUUAGCAGCGAUGAUCUGAAGUGUUGCUGCUGCUGUGGAUUAAAAACCCUGCUGCUCUUGGAAGAACCUGAAAGAACCAAGAGCACAGAGACUCAGUCUUUGUUUUUAGAUUUGAAUGAACUGAUGACUUCAUGUUAACUCAACAUCUGUCGGACGUAAUAAUAACUUUUAUUCUUUUUUAGUCUGAAAAACAAACCAACCAGCCCUCCUUGGCCGAGGUGAUCACUGAGUUGAAGGGUUUUUAUGCAAACAGCAGCUUAACUCUUGACGUGUGUCGGGUGUGUGUCUGGUAAACUGAUUUCUGUUGUUGAGUUUCUGGUGCUCAGUCAUUGGAAGUUGGUAGAAGAUGCAUGACGCAGCUCAACAACUACUACAUAUGUAGCUAUUGUGUUACUGUGAAAGCAUGCUCCAUAUGUAGCAAAGAGUACUUAUAAAAUACUGUUAUCUUGUACUAUGUGUACUUUUGUAGCAGAGCGAGGUCUAUUUUAAUGGUGUUUUGAAGGAGAGUUGCACUAAACCAACCGAGGGCACUUAGCGUGGCGCUGUUGGGUUUGACGUGACGGUGGAGUCGUGUUCUGGACAAUCAGCACGGUUCACGCACAAGUGUGGAAAAGUCUGGAAAAUAAACUUUAUUACUUCUGUGGGAAAUGUGCAGGAUCUUUGAAAGGAAAAAGAAACAGACGAGGGUGAAAACUUAAUCGAAAACAAGUUACUUUUCGUAUCUUUCCUCCCUCGCGCCGGUGGAGAUGAAGGGAUUUUUAUGUUGUGUGAAACUGUUUCCCGGCCGAGUUUAAACCUCCUUGAGUUCGUCAUGAUUGUCCGUAGGGAUUUCGUUUGCAGAAGUGAUCUCUAGUUUUGUGCCUUCACUCCAAACCUCUGUCGUCUGUAUAACACUGUGCAAAAUGCAAUACUGUGAAGAGCUGGAUAACGUUUUCUGUUCUGUGUGGAAACCAUGGAAGAUUAAAGAACAAACAUGACACCAACAA